UAUGGAGCAUCAAGUGGACGGAGAGAGAGAAUAGACGGAGUGGGGAUGGCAUCAGCAGUAGGAACGGCAUGGUUGAUAAUGAACAUGCAGUCCGAAACUUGCCAUUUACCGGUCUGGUUCUCUUUGUGUUGGGGUGUAGCAAUCAAGCAGAGCCAGGGAUGGCAUAGGAUAGUCUAGCAUCAAACGCUGUGCAGGGUGGUGGUGAUAAGAUCGCGGUUUGGCACAGUUGUGUGUGAGAGCCUUUAACAGCCUUUCUGGUGGUGACACUGACAAAUUGUGGGUUGUCUGUGUGGACUGUAGUUGCACUGGAGUAGAAGAAGCAUUUUAGUAGCUUAACCUGCGGGCUUACGUGUUUGGAGUUUUCCCCAGGAAGGAGAGAUAGGGUGGAGUGGAGUGUAGUGGUGCGUGCGAUGCUGGUCGGUGAAGGUGGGGUUUAGGGUAUUCGAACAGUAGUUGGAAGUGUGCCAAGAGUCUUAGGGACUAUAUGCACAUUGGGUGGAAAUGGUGUCUUGUGGUUUAUUGUCGUUGGGGUGAGUGAAUUGUUGGGAAUGGGGGUGGGAGUUGGGUUAUGUGUGUGAAUUUUCGUGUGGGUAGUGGUGGCUUUGGUGAUGGAUCGGACUCAAGGAGACAGUGCAAGCACGAGUAGAACUGUUAGCGGAGAUGACGUCUUCUCGCAAAUCAUGGGUGAUAUUGAUACAAUUGCAUCCGUGUUGGACUCGGUCGUGGACGCACCUAAAGAGCGUCUCGCUUUGAAAGAGCAGCUGUCGGGAUUCAAAAACCAGAUCGGUGUGCUGGAAACUCAUGUGAAGAAGAAGCUCGGCACCAAGAGUGACUCGCGACCCUCCAGCCUUGAUGUUAGUCUCACUAGUUUGCAGCGGAAUGUGGACUUGGUGUCUCGCUCUCUGGGGAUCGACCCACUGUGGAAUUCUUCUGAAGAUAGUCGAAAUCGGAAGGUUGUAGCGGACGAGCCCCCUGCUCCGAAGGAAAGUCCCGUUGUUUCUCUCUACUGCUGGCGUUUUAAGCUCAAAGCUAAGAAGCUGUUACGCGCCCCAGCCGGAUGCAAAAACAUUCGUGCAUUCUCCCUCAGGUCGAGGGGCGUCAUCAAAUUUAUGAUGAAGGACUAUCCGGGCGCGCUUGCUGAUCUGAACAAGGCAGAUUCUCUGGACCCCAACAACAGCUUCAUACUGCAGCUGCGUGGAGACGUGAAGUGCUGGAUGAAUGACUACGAAGGGGCAUUAAAUGAUCUGUCUCGCGCGAAUCGUCUGAGACCCGACGACACUUUCACCUUGAGGGCUUUGGGCGCCGCUAAAUCGGCUCUUGGAGAUCGUCGUGGCGCUUUGCAAGUUCUGAAUGCUGCGAAUCGUUUGCAACCGAACGACAUGUGGACUUUGAGACUUCGAGGGCGAGUUAAGCGCUAUCUCCAUGACUAUGCUGGGGCCUUGGUGGAUCUAGAUGCUGCAGAUCGUAUCGAGCCGAACGACCUGGAUGUGCUUCGUGUUCGGGGCGUAGUGAAAUUCAAUCUAUGUGAUUUUGAAGGGGCGCUUAUUGACCUUAACAAGGCUCAUCGAAUGGAGCCUAAAAGUUCCUCAAUCCUCAGGUAUCGAGCAGAUGUGCAGUUACGUGCUGGUAAACUAGAUCAAGCCCUUAUUGAUGUAAAGAAAGCUAUGGAGCUCGAUUCAACAAGCGGUUCUUUGUAUAGGAUUAGAGGAGAGGUGAAGUUCCAAAUGAAAGAGUUUCCAGCUGCGCUUGCAGAUUUGAACAAAGCUUUAGAAAUGCAACCUGAUGAUGUUUGUGGUUUGAGAGCUCGUGGCGAGCUGUUAUAUGAGAUGGGAGAUUAUGAAGAGGCUUUAACGGAUUUGCAAGCAGCAGAUCGUGCUAUGCGUAACCAUGAGAACACUCUCAAAAUUUUGGCGAAAAUCAAAUAUUUGUUGAAUGAUUACAAGGGAGCCCUCGUGGCUCUCAAUAGAGCCGAUAAAGUCGAGCCAAACAACCAUGUGACGCUCAGAGCUCGAGGCAACGUGAAACGAAAGCUGGGCAAUUACAAAGAUGCACUCCGAGAUCUCAACAGGGCCAAUGAACUCAGCCCGCAAAGCAGUUGGAUCCUUGGAGUAAGAGGUGAUGUGAAGCGAAAACUCGGUGACCUUCAUGGUGCUCUGGCGGAUCUAAAUAGUGCUGAUGAUCUUGAACCCAAUAACAAUUUCACUUUGAGAGUGCGUGGAAAGGUGAAAAAGUUGCUUGGGGACGAGGAAGGUGCCUUGAAUGAUCUCACCUUGGCAGAGUUGAUUGAAAAUGGCACUAACAUCGAUGAUGUCGAUUUUAAGCCUCCCAGGCGGAGGACAUCACGGAGGCUGCUUGAAACUCUCUCAGAGCGAAAUCAACGAAGCACUCAAACUUCAAUCAGAGAAAUACCAUCCGAGUUUGAUUCAAAUACAGACACAAGGUCCUCAGUCAAAACCCUGUCAUCCGAGUUUGAACCACGUAGCGAUGUUAGUAGUGUGGUUGUUGCAGAUGCUUUCCGUUCAUCAUAAUCCACCAUUUUUAUGAGAUUGAGUUGUACAUAGCGGGUUUAAGAUUUAGUUAUCAAGAUCUAUGUAAAGUGUAUCUUAUUCUGAGAUUGUAAUUUAGACUUAAGGUUGUAGGCGAGCUAUCCGGCCUCCUAGUCUCUAAGGGUAAGGUAGUGCUGACGCAUCAGGAAAAGGCUAUCCAAGUUUUGAUUUUAACCUCGGGUGGUUCUUUCAUAUAACAAGAAGCUCGUAAGGAUUGUGUGUCCUGGUAUGCACUUGUUAAGUGCUUCAUUUUGUAUCCAGAAGGUGACUGUUGGUGUUCAUAUAUGGUGUCUGCUCCAAUGAUAUACAAGUGUAUGGAAGACGCAGGUGUAAAACAAUGUUACGGCUUUAGAAUUUAUGAAUAUGCCAGUUGCCUAUCAA